AUGAGUAGACCAGGAUCAUCCUUGACGUCUAUUGAGACGUCAACUGACAUAGUGACCCAAGGGAAAUCGACCACCAGACAGACUUCAGCUAAACCUAACACUAUUCCUGUAAAGGAAGCUGCGAGUGAUGAAAAUAACACAGCUGAUUUGGAGAAACCAAAGCACAAACGCAUCAGUAUUGCGACGAAUCCAACAGUGGUGCGAAUACCACGUGACCCCAGUGUACCAAUCGGCACAGCGAAUGAAUCAAAACAAAAUGGUACAGGGAAGGAUUAUAAACCAAUUUUGAUGAAUGCAGGAAGUUAUAAAGGGGAAACGAAAUCGAUGGAGAAAGAGAAGGAAAGACUGAGGUUGGCAGAGGAAAAGAGAAUUGAGGAACGGGCAGCAAUGCAGGAGGAAUUGGCUGUUAUCGAGGCUGAUCAUAAUGAAAGGAAGAAAAAGAAGCCGAUUCGAUUCUUGAAGCUGCUCUGUGACUAUCCCGCAGCCUGUUUCGGUGUAAUGACCUUACUGCAGUUCCUCCCCGUCUUCGUGACUGGCAUCCUAUUCGCGGUUGGGUAUGACAUCAUCCCAGUAAGCUUCCAAGCCCUUCCACUGAAUCUCAAUAAUGACCACACCCUACUAGAGGACUACGCUUAUCGCGGUAAGAACAUAUACACCGACAAGGUCACGCGCUCGAUAGCUGAUGGUGUCCCCAUAUGGAUGAGGGGACGUCCUGGAGAUUUCCUGCUCCUAUUCUACGAAAAACCAGGUGGCAAUGUUUUCACAAAGAGUGAUCUACAGGCGAUGCAACAAGUCGAGGAUGAACUGUUUAAUAUUGCUGAGUACCAAAGCAACUUCUGUCAGUUAGAUUUGGCUCAGGCCUGUGUUAAACCCACGUCCAUUCUACGCUUCUUUGAUGGCACAUACAGCUCUGUAGACGCCGUGUUCGACGAUCCGAAUUUUGACAAUAUCGCCGCGGUGAUAAACGCAGCGGAGAGCUAUAACGAGACGUAUAAUCUCGUACAGUACCACCUCGGCAAAACGUCCACGGUCUCGGCAGGGUCAGUGCGAUCAUACAUUACUCGGUCAUUCCUUCCAAUCGGCUUCCCUCUCAACGCUGAUGAUGAUUCCGACAUACAGAAAGACAAGAUAAAAGCCUUCUUUGCCGAUUACAUGAGCUCAACCUUGGAGUCGUAUGCUUCGAAUGGCGUUCACGGAAUGAAUUUCUUGUACUAUGCCAAUAUGAUAUUUUUCAAUGAUAUCAUGAAACAAGCGCUUCUAGACAUGGCUCUCGUCAUGGGCAGCCUCGUUUUCAUUUUCGUUCUCAUCAGCGUCCAAACUGGAUCUCUCUGGAUAACAUCAUGGGCUGUAUUCGGGAUACUAAGCAGCUUUGUGACGACCAACCUCAUUUAUAGGGUAGUUUUAGACUUUAAAUACUUCGGUUUCUUCCAUAUUCUCUCCAUGUUCAUCAUCCUUGGUAUCGGUGCAGACGAUAUAUUUGUUUUUAUGGACACUUGGAAGGAGACAGGGGAACGUGAUUGGCCAUCUGUUGCUCACCGUCUAAGCGACGCCUAUCGACGAUCAGCAUUUGUCAUGUUCAUUACAUCACUUACAACAAUGGUAGCAUUCUUUGCGAGCGGAAUCUCUCCACUUCUCGCAGUGAAUUCGUUUGGAAUAUUCUCGGGGAUCCUCGUGGCAUUGAACUACCUUACUGUGAUAUCUUUUCUUCCAACAAUCGUCAUUAUGUACGAAAAACACGUCAGAAACUGGUGUCAGUGCUGCAGCAAAGUUAAGUGCUCGUGCACUUGCUGUAACAAAUCAGAGGUUCAACCACUAGUGGACACAAAUGGGAAGGCUUACGAACCAGAUGAACUGGAUCGAAAGAUUGAAGCUCGGAAACCAAAACGAGGUGUGACGGCCUUCCUAGUUGGACCAUUCUAUCGGUUCGUGACUCACCGUGUUGCUAGGAUUGUUAUCGUAGUGUUCUUUCUUGCGGCUGUAGCGUUCUUUGGCUGGUCUGCAUCCAGAUUGGGACCUGACGAAACAGCGAUGAAGUUCUAUGUGGCCAGUCACAACUACGCCAGGGCGCGGUCGCACAAUAUCUACUCGUUCCGUGAGAGCGAGGAGGACGCGGUGGUGACGGUGCACCUCGUCUGGGGUAUGAAACCGAACGACCGCAGCGGGUGUCACAGGACAGACUUCGAGUGCAAAGGCGAACAGGUCUGGGAUGACACAUUUGACAUGAAUACCAAUGGCGCUCAAGAAGCUAUCGAUAAUCUCUGCAACACGCUGCGGAAUCUCGAUUCGGCCAAAGUCGACGAGCUUAAGAUAGCAACAGAACCAACCACAAAGCAGCUGAAGAUCUCGUGUGCGAUGGAGCAAUUUAAAACAUUUCUUGGGACAUCCACAUCACCGUCAUUAAGUGUACCCCUCGACUCCGACGAUGUUCCAACAUUCAUGGAUAGUAAUACAGCCAUCUACGACAGGUCGUCACUCAGCGCUGACUUCAACAACUACUUCGAGGUUGGCAUCGCCUAUUGGCUGACCAACCAGUACAAUAUGAACACCACCGCUGAUUUCAAGACGUACAAUGGUCUUAUUGGAGAAAUGAAGACAACGAACACCCGUACAAUCCAGUCCGGGCUUACGGGAGCUUAUUAUGGUACGAAACUUCGGUUUAUGUCGAUUGAGGUGAAUCUGACACUGAACCGCCAGUCUUUGGGUUAUCCUGUUGGAUUGCCAGUAUAUGAGAGUUGGCAGAACUUUAUGAAAGAACAGCUUGCACUUAUGCCAUCAAACCUCCAAGGCGGUUUCCAGUGUACCAGAGGCUCGUGGCACUACAUAAAGGUCCAGAAAUCACUUGUGCUGUCAGCAGCUACUGGCAUAGGAAUAGGCAUCGGCCUUGCCAUACCAGUCAUCUUCCUCGCUACCUGUAACUUCUCCCUGACCGCAGUUGCGAUCCUGACUAUCUGCUUCAUCACGCUAGGGGUGGUGGGCAUGCUUCCUUUAGCGGGCUGGAAACUUGGGGUUUUAGAAUCUCUGAACCUUUGCCUGGUGGUGGGCCUGACAGUUGAUUACGUUGUCCACAUGGUUCAAGCGUACACUCACUCUCCGCGGAAGAAGCGCAACGAACGGGUCCAGGACGCUCUGCGGCAGGUUGGAGUAUCGGUCCUUUGCGGGGCCAUCACAACUCUCGGAUCUUCAUUCUUUAUGCUUUUCGCCAAGAUCCAGUUCUUCAUGCAGUUUGGAUUGUUUAUGUUUUGCACUAUUGGUUUCGCUGUUUUUUAUGCUUUGUUUUUCUUGAUGUCCUUCUUGUCAAUUUGCGGCCCUGAGGGAGAUGAUUGUUCUGUUGCACCGUGCUGCAAGAGGACUGGCGAGAAGUACUGCUCGUGUUGCCAUGGUGAUGUGACACCUGGGUCGGAAGGUUCGUUGGACACUGUCGAAAAAGUUGAGAUUAAGGGUGUCAGUCCAGAUGGGAGUGUAACAUUAGGAGAUGGAAACAACAUCGGGUUUGGGGACAAGGAGACAGUGAGCAAAGCGUAACCACUUAAUAGACGACUGAACGAACUUGCGGUUUGACCUUGCGCUGCUCUCAGCAACGAUAAAACACAAAAAAGCAACAUCAGAGUUCACGGAAGUUCGUCAGUUAGGAAUGCAAAUUGAUACUAAGGGUGGAAAUAUUCGGCGCAAUCUGUUAACUCCUUGUACAGCAUAGGUCCUUUUUUUCUCCACCUGACGAAUCUGAAUAUAAAGCAUAUACAUGUAUUUAAGCUCACUGUGAUAAGUUAACGUUUUACUUUGUUAGGUAU